ACAAAUUUGUAAAAAACAACAAUUUAUUGGCAAAUAGAUUUUAAUUUAUCAAUUAAAUUUGUAUAAUAAAUAUUUUUUAAUAAAAUUUUAUUAAAAAUAAAGCUAAGAAAAACGAAUUAAUGAUAUAAACAAAGUGUUGUUGGAAAAAUAAAACGAAAUAAACAAAACAAAGAGUACAAAAUUCAACGGGAAUAGCAAGUUGUUAUAAAAUACACUGUGAGAAUAAAUUAAGUUUAACCAUUACGUAUGUUUGUAGGUAGUUUGGGUUAAUUUAAACGUCUAAUACCUUAUCGCGCUCUCUAGACAUUCUCUACACACAUACACUUCCUAAUCGUACAACACCAACAUCAAUCAACCCAUCCCGUACAAAUUGUUUGUAUAUUUUUCUAGUUUUAUUUGUAUAUUUUUUUUUUAUUUUUUGCCAUUCUAACUCAUUUACAUACAAAUUUGGUUUGUAAUAAUUAUAAUUUUUAUUGAUAACUUUUGUAUAAUACAUUGGCAUCUGAAAUUAUUGUAUUAUUGUUUAAUUAUUACGAAAUAUUAGUUGAUUCGCACACAAAACAAAACCCAGAACAAAUAAAAUUAUACAUACAAAUAUAUAAAAAAAAAACAAAUUCAAUUAAAUGUCGUCUAGUCUAAAGUAUGUUGGUUUAACAGUUUUAAGAUCGACAAAUUUCAAAACAACAAAGACGUUUGUGACAGCCAACACGGCAACAGUAGCAGCGGCAACAACAAAAUCGUUACAUUUAUCAAUUACUUCAAAAUUAAAAGCAAUAACAACAACACGCAAUUAUCAUCAACUCUCUUCUAUUGAUCUAAAUAAAAAUUGGAGAGCAAAACCCCAGCAACAGCAAACAGCUGUCAGAAACAGCAACACUACUUCCUUAUUAAAGAUAAUAAAAAAAGUAGAUAAAACAAGAUUGUUAAGUACAUUUCAUAAAUAUAAAAACAUUAUGGAUGCUCCACCUGGCAUAUUUAAGGGUUCUUUGGAUCGUUUCAAUGGUGUAACUAUAGAUUCGUCUGAGGAAUUUAAUGCUGAGGAUAAUUUUAGCGAAAAAUUACAAAAAUCUUUGGCUUAUUGGCAGGAGCAAAAGAAACGAGCCAUUUGGUUUCAUGUUAAAACUGAACAUUCGGAAUGGGUGCCAUAUUUAACCAAGAUGAAUUUCGAAUUUCAUCAUGCCAAAGAGGGCAUGGUUGUUCUCAAUCGCUGGCUGCCCGAGGAUGAAUAUCCCAAUUUACCCGUCUAUUCGCAUACCAUGCUGGGCGUUGGCGGCCUAGUGGUCAAUGACAAAAACGAAGUGCUAGUAGUAUCCGAACGUUUUGCCCUAAUACCCAACAGUUGGAAGCUGCCGGGUGGUUAUGCAGAGCCGCACGAAAACCUAGUCGAUGCGGCCAUACGUGAGGUGCGCGAAGAGACCGGUGUCGAAAGUGUUUUCAAUACCGUCAUCAGCUUAAGACAUGCCCAUGGCGGACCUUUCGGUUGUUCCGAUAUCUAUUGUGUGGUAGCUUUGACACCCACUUCUCUAGAGUUGCAGCGUUGUGAACGUGAAAUAGCCAAAGUGAAAUGGAUGCCGUGUGAGGAGUAUUUGCAACAUCCCCAAGUCCAUGAGACAAAUAGACAUUUUCUGCGUUGCUUUUUGGAAUAUAAAAAGCUAGGCAUACGCUUCACCUGUGAAUUGGCUCAACAUCAAAUUCUGAAAAAGGACUAUUGUUUGUAUUACAUGAAGGCCGUUGAAGAGGAUGAGCAGGCCACCAAGGAAUUGGGCAAACUGUAACAUUUAAUGAGAGUUUGAAAUUUAUGUUAUAACAUAAAUAUUUAUGUGCUAUGUGUAAGCGUGUUUGUAAAAUAUUUAGAAAGAAAAAAGCUGUGCUUUUAUUUUAACACAUUCUUUUAAGUAAAAUUUUUUAGCUAAAAAUUGUAUUUUAAAUUUGUUUAAACACAAAAAACUUAAGUUUUUUUUAUAAAUAAAACUAUAAAUUGUUACUAAUAUUAAUAAA